GAGUGGUGGGAGUGGGUAUAGGAGUAUUGGGAACAGCGGCGGGCGAGGUAGGAGGAGCAGUUUGCGGCAAGGGGGUGUUUGGCGUGGUCUGUUGGUCUGCGAAGAGGCGGCGGGCAACAGUCGACGGCCUGGCCAGAGGAGGCAGGCGAGAGACGAGUGGAGUACGGAGACGAGUAGCGAGCAUCGUAGAACAGGACCGAAGUCUAGGAGGGUGAGGUGUGUCUAGAGCGACGUGCGUGUAGAGAGACUUGGUUGUUGGCCGGAGACAAGAAUUAAUCGGCGGCCCAUCAAGGCAAACGCACGGUCCCCAUGGGUCUCGAUGGAAGUUGCACUUGGACUUUUGAUCUUGAGCAGCUCGAACAAAGGGAAAUCAUCAACAAACAACAGGAAUCAUGGGUUACAGUUCGGCGUCCGAGGGCGAGAUAGUCCAAGACAAGCAGUCGCUACAAGCAGAACGGCCACCAGAACAAGCACCACCACUCCAACUACAACAUCAACCACCAGUCCAACCACAACAGCCACUCGACCUCAAACAAUGGAAGCAACUCGAACAACAAACGGCCCUAUCCCCACCGCUCCCAGCACCAUGACGACCGAGACGACCGAGACGACCGCCGCUCUGUCCACUCCUACCAUUCCAACAACUCGCACGACUCUCGCCACAGCAAUCUUCCUCCAGAAAAGCGUCAUCGUUCUCACAGAAGUCCCGAACCUGCUCGCCAGUCCCAUCGUGCCUCUCCACCUCCACCUCCCGCCGCCGUACCCGAUCUCCCAGAGGAGCCCCCAGUCGACGAGGCCAAGCUGAUUGAAGACCGUCGCAAGCGCCGUGAAGCCCUGCGCGCAAAGCAUCGUUCGCAACCACAACCCACUCCCCUGCUUCACCAAGCUCUGCAUGUUGCGACUCCUGAUGAAGCAGACUCUGUCGUGCCCUCGCCUGAUGU